AAGAAAGAAAUUAUAAAAACACCCCCCCCAAAAAAAAAUUAAAAUCCCAUAUCCAACAUUUGAUCGGUACUUGCUAGCAACAACGACAAUGGCGUCGUCAUCUACAAGCCGUAUCUCUCUCCUUCUCUUAAUCUCUUUCCUUCUUCUCGUUAACUCGCGUGCGUCCAGUGUCUCAGAUCUCGACGAAGAAUUGGCUUUCCUCGCCGCCGAGGAGUCAAAGGAACAACAACAAAGCCACAUCGUCCACGAGGAACACGAUGAUCAGUACCGCGACUUCGAGAAUUACGAUGAUCUCGAGGAGCAAGGAGGAGGAGGAGGAGGCGAGUAUCAUCACGGAGGCUACGAGGGGGAAGAGGAGCCGUUGCCAACUGCUGUCGACGAGAAGGACGUCGCUGUUUUGACCAAGGACAAUUUCACGGAGUUCGUCCGCAACAAUAGCUUCGCCAUGGUGGAGUUUUACGCUCCGUGGUGUGGCGCUUGUCAGGCUUUGGCCCCCGAGUACGCCGCCGCGGCGACGGAGUUGAAAGGCGUUGCUGCGCUCGCUAAGAUCGACGCCACUGAGGAAGGGGAUUUGGCUCAGAAGUACGAGAUUCAGGGCUUCCCCACCGUUUUCUUGUUCGUCGACGGAGUUAUGCGCAAGACCUACGAAGGCGAAAGGACUAAGGAUGGAAUUGUGACUUGGCUGAAGAAGAAGGCAAGUCCUAGCAUCCACAACAUCACUACAAAAGAGGAGGCUGAGCGUGUUUUAUCCGCUGAACCUAAAGUUGUUCUUGGUUUUCUCAACUCCUUGGUGGGGUCAGAGAGUGAGGAGCUUGCGGCUGCAUCCAGACUGGAAGAGGAUCUCAGUUUUUACCAAACUGCAAGCCCUGAUAUUGCAAAGCUGUUUGAUAUAGAAACCCAAGUCAAGCGUCCUGCCUUAGUUUUACUGAAAAAGGAGGAUGAGAAACUUGCCCGUUUUGAUGGAAAUUUCACUAAAACGGCUAUUGCAGAGUUUGUGUCCGCUAACAAAGUCCCGUUGGUGAUCAACUUCACUAGGGAAGGUGCAUCACUGAUCUUCGAAAACUCAGUGAAAAACCAACUCAUUCUUUUUGCCAAGGCAAAUGAAUCUGAGAAGUACCUUCCCACUCUGAGGGAGGUGGCUAAGUCGUUCAAGGGAAAGUUUGUUUUUGUUUAUGUGCAAAUGGACAAUGAGGAUUAUGGAGAAGCAGUUUCUGGAUUUUUUGGUGUUACCGGCACUGCCCCCAAGGUUCUUGUAUACACUGGAAAUGAAGAUAUGAGGAAAUUUAUUCUGGACGGUGAAUUGACAGUUAAGAACAUUAAGACACUUGCGGAAGACUUCUUAGCAGACAAACUGAAGCCUUUCUACAAGUCAGAUCCACUACCUGAAAAUAAUGAUGGUGAUGUUAAGAUCAUUGUGGGAAAUAAUUUUGAUGAGAUUGUUCUUGAUGAGUCAAAGGAUGUUCUUCUCGAGAUAUAUGCUCCUUGGUGUGGCUACUGCCAAUCAUUUGAGCCGAUUUACAAUAAGCUUGGAAAGUAUUUAAAAGGCAUUGACUCGUUAGUUGUAGCAAAGAUGGAUGGUACCAGCAAUGAGCAUCCUAGAGCAAAGGCUGAUGGGUUCCCAACAAUCCUGUUCUUCCCCGGUGGAAACAAGAGCUUUGAUCCGAUCACAGUGGAUGUUGACAGAACAGUAGUGGAACUGUACAAAUUCCUGAAGAAGCAUGCAUCAAUCCCAUUUAAACUUGAGAAACCAGCGACGCCUGAACCGGUGAUCUCGACCAAGAAAGCUGAUGAGAAGGUCGAGGGUGAUAGUGGCAAGGAUGAGUUGUGAUGAUCCUUGCAAGGAAGAGGGUGUGUAACAACAGGCUAUAGAAGUAUAGAUGAUGAUGACUCGAUCUAUACAUUGAUAGAAAAUGUAUUGUCCUUUGUCUUUGUUUGUUGACUUUUGUUGUAUGCUAUGAAAUGAAUAACUACAAAGAAUACAAAGAAUUUUUGGGUUCUCACUUUUAAGGAUCAUGCAUUUGAUUUACA